CAAAAAUCUACCUACCAAGUACUUACUUAGUAGCCUCGAUACGCCUACCUACUACCGAGAGGCUUACUCGAUCCCACCUCGAGUCGUGCCCACCCACUACCCACCAAGUCAGCUACUCAUUUACUAUAGUAGCUAGGCUGACGUUAACUCCUCUCUACGCGUCUACGUCUACGUCUACGUCUACGCCCGACCAAAGGAUCAGGUGCCUGUCUUUCUGCCCCUCAUGACCGUAAUUUGAGGGGCGACUUGUCUUUGACUUCCUCCCAAUUGGAACCGGUGUCGACCUGGUUGAUCCUGCCAAUCCCAUCAGUCGAAACCAACGAAAGAUUCAUUUACCCGUGGUGCUUCAUCCCUUCCCUGCGGAACCUCCUGGCUUUUGAGUUCUUCCGUGGAACAGCCACAUACAUAGUCAUAUCGAGAGUCAAACACCCAACGUUGCCGCUGCCUCCUUCCUCAGGCUGCGAUAGCAUCUCCAUCCUCUGUCUUUCCACUUUCCCGCGGUCUUGAUGCCUUCCAACAUCGAUCUACAUUCAUAAGACCCCGCUUCAACCAUGUCCGAGAAUCGCUAUCGACCAUCCUCGCCAGUCAGGCGAUACGCUCCUGAUCCUCGUGCCUCGACUGGCAUGGUCUAUUCUUCUUCUUUCGACGGCAACAGGUACAACCCGUCAUCUCGGACGACCUAUGACUCUUUCCCUGCCCCUCGUCAUGGCAGCUCCUAUACCACCCAACCCAUCAGGAAGACCUUUCUCGACGACCACCACCCUGGCGGUGGGUUUUUAAGGACUGAGUACUCCGUUCGUCCCAGGAACAAUUCAGCCGUUUCAGAACAGCGCCGUCCGAUCUCCACGUACAUAGCCCGGCCUGCCUCUCCGCCCCGCAAUCGAUACCCUGCCACCACAUCCUCAUAUCGCGAUGACCCUCGCUACCACCCCGUCCCCGCUAGGGAAGACCGCUAUCUACAGCCUGCUACACGUAACCACCACAGACAUUCUUCUGCAACCUAUGCCGACCAGGAACGACUGAACUCCAGUCGACUUAACAGACAACCGGAGUACCACCGUCGUGGUGGCUAUAACCAAUAUUCCUCCCAUCCUUCCGCUGGGGCACCUCCUCACGAUGAAGGCUUUUCCUACACCACACCAAAAGAGCAAUUUUUGCAAGAGUCUGCAAGACCACCAGUCCGCCGAGAGAGCUAUAGUCGCCGUGAGCGGCCGGUAAGUAUGAUGGGUCUUCAAGAAUACAGGAUCCCACCUCCGCGGAGAGAAGGACCCCCUCCGGCAUCUUCUCGCGCUGCCCUCGAAAGGCUAGAAAGAGAUCCUCCAAGACCCUCUCGCGGCGGUGACAGCGACCCCGAGCGGGAUAGAGGAGGUGACGUCCCACGUAGGCGGCACUCCGCGAGGACUCCAGCUGUCUUGCAUCACUAUCGCGACGACCGUGAUGGUUACACUUCAGACAGCAGACCUUCCAACCGGACACGCCAUGAACGUAUCGACGAAGAGGAUUAUCACAAGACUAGAUAUCAUGAAGACCGUGAAAGAGCGGCGGUUCGUGAACCUGAUCGGGCUCGUGAGAGAGACAAAGAUCGGGAUCGGGAUCGCGACAGGGACCGGGACCGCGAUCGAGAUCGAGAUCGUGCGAGGGACAAAAUCAGAGAGCGCGAAAAUGGUAAAGAACGAGACCAUGAACGCGAUCGCGAGCGUGAGCGUGACCGAGCUCGCGAGCGGGACAGGGCUCGAGAUAACGACGUGGCCUCCAAGCCCAGCGACGAACGUCGCAUACCACGAAGCAGAGACCCAAGCCCUGAAAACCCAGGCCUACGGAAGGGUGUAGCUACCGCCGCAGGACUCGCCGCAGCUGGGGGCUUGGUAAGUCUUGCUACGAAAGGAUCACGUGCUUCACCUGUCGAGGAUGAGAGCGAUGAGCACAAGAGCCGAAAGAGCAGACGCAGACGACACCGAGACGACGAUGUUGAUGUGGACGACCUUGGGAACCGCUUUGAGAAAGAUAUGGCAAUUAGCAAUGGGGAUAGAUCUGAUCGACGCAGGCCAGAAACAAGAUCCGAGGAUCCAGUAGAUGACCAGGAAGAUCGCCGUGAGAGACACAGACACCAUCGAAAGCACAGAGACAGGUCGUCAAGACUGGAGGAGUCAGACACGACAGAAGAUUCUGGAGAAAAGGAUCUCGAUCCGCGUGGGCUGAGCGCGGACCGAACCUCUGAAGCACGUGGGGCAACUCGUUUGAGGCAUGCUACGAGAGACCCCUCCAGAGACCCCUCCAGAGACACCUCUAGGGAGGACGAAAGAGUCUCUACGAAUGCAGAACCUCGCACAGUUUCUCCGGGCGACGGCGAAGACACUCGCCCAAGGCGAGUCCAGCUUGUCGAACCGACUGAGAAAAAGGACGAGGUGAAGCCGAGGGGAAUCCUGAAGAAGCCUCGAGAAAUGCCGUUUCCAGAGGAUCCCAACCCAGAACGUGAGGGUGUUGCACCUCUCAAAGAUGCCACCAAGGAUGGUGUGCCUCCAAACGCACGCUGGACCAAGAUCAGCCGUGCUUUGGUAAAUCCUGAAGCGCUUGAAAAGGCCCACGAAAGAUUUGAAGAGAAAGGCGAUUAUGUGAUCGUUCUUCGUGUUGUAUCAAGAGAGGAGAUCGGGAAGCUUGCCGACAAAACAAAGGAGAUCAGGGAACUUCGAGAACAGAGAUGGAAAGCCGAAUUAGAGGAGAAGCGUCGCAGAGGAGGCAAGGAUGAUGACGGUUAUGAUACCCCCAGUGAUGAUGACGAAACCCACGCAAGGCCGCUCGCAAUUAAUGCUCCUCCUCCAACACAACCUUUUGACCCCCGGAAUCCGUUCAACAAUGCACAACAACCACAGCAGAUUCCUCCUAUCCGAGUGGAACAGCCGCAGGCGGUCUCUGUACCUCCUUCGCAAAGCUAUAGUACUACAUUGCCCGGCCAAUCACCAAACCUCCCGAUUCCAGGUAUUGGUUCUCGACCGCCGCCGCCUCAACAAACAACUGGAAAUCCGCCCAUUCCAGAUAUUCAAAUCGAACCUGACGCGGGCAAUAGCAAUUAUGCGGAUAAUGUUUAGAGCGGGUCAGAGACUACAGGCUGUGUAUGCAAUAUGAUGAGAUUUAGACAGGUAGUACCUACCUACUUACUUAACCUCUAGAUUUAGGUAUAUAAAGAUUCGGUGUCGACAGGAUGCAGCAU